GUGCGCCGAGUUGCAACUUCAAGUAUACCUCCGCUCUCAUGAGCCCGCUCUAUUUGCAGUUCCUCUAAGCCUCUCGACCACCACCACCACCACCAUCACCACCUUGCUGAGUGUGUUCUGACACGCUACUCGUCGUUGGCGAUGAGAGGAGACGCUCUGGCGGUGAGCCGACUCCGACGCGGCGGACCCGUCCACGCGCGGCUUGCGGGGAGUGUAAGGACGUACCACGACAGGUCUUACGGAUACCGCGAGCCACGUCGCUUUGCCUUGCCAGACUACAGCCCCGCUCAGCUCGAGAACCGGACGAAGAACGCGCCUCUGCUGCGCUAUGUCGACUCGUUACGCAUGCACGGCCACCGUGCAGCACACAUCGACCCGCUCGACCUGCUCCAGCGCGAAGAAGUCGCCGCGCUCAACCCUGCUCGGUACGGCCUGGCAGACCCCAGUGCGAAGUACAACAUCGACGGCAUCGUCUGGACGCGCCCCGUCGGUGAGGCGGGCACCUCAGAGGAAUGGACGCUCGCACGAAUCACGGAGCACCUCCGGCGCAUCUACGUUGGACGCAUCGCGUACGAGUACAUGCACUCGCCGUCCAAGACGGAGCGGCUCUGGUUCUCGCACCUCCUCGAGUCGCAGGUUGCGCCGGCACCGCUCUCUGCGGACGAAAAGCGCAGGAUCCACAAGCUCGUCGCCGAGAGCGAGGUCUUUGACCAGUUCAUGCAGGCCAAGUUCCCGAACCUGAAGCGCUACGGGCUCGAGGGCGGCGAGUCGAUGCUACCUGCCAUGGACGCGCUGUUCAGGUGUGCAAGCGAGGCUGGCAUCACGAACAUCAUCUUUGGCAUGGCACAUCGAGGACGCCUGAACCUGCUCACCGGUCUCCUUGAGCUCCCCAGCCGCAGGCUCUUCAACAAAGUCCUUGGAGGCGACGAAAUCCCCAGUGCGCUCGUGGAAGACGCCAAGGCAUACGGCGACAUCGUCAGCCACUUGGUGUCUAACCCGACUCUGGCAUAUCGCGCGCACAAGCUCAAGGUCUCCAUGCUCCCGAACCCGUCACACCUCGAGGCCAUCAACCCUGUCGCGCUCGGCAAGACACGAGCGAAGCAGUUUGCGCUACUCAAGGAGCUUUUCGGUAUUCCCUCGGAUACGGCACACUUGAAUUCAAAGGCACGUCAGUCCGAGGCUCAGGGACAAGCGAACGCGGCAUUGCAGGAACAUAUCGGUGAAUGUUACCCCGGCGACAAGGCCCUAUGUGUUCAGAUGCAUGGCGAUGCGAGCUUCACUGGUCAAGGUGUCGUUAUGGAAGGCUUGGGUUUGAGCAACCUGCCACACUAUACCGUGGGCGGUUCGGUCCAUAUCGUCGUUAACAUCGGAUACACCACUCCAGCUUCUGGCGCUCGCUCUUCGUUGUACUGCUCUGACAUCGGCAAGAUGAUCAACGCUCCGGUCUUGCAUGUCAAUGGGGACUAUCCAGAGGAUGUCACGCGCGCUAUCGAGGUCGCAUUUAAGUACAGGAACUUGUUCCGCAAGGAUAUCAUCAUUGACCUGAUCGUAUACCGCCGAUGGGGGCACAACGAGCUCGACGAGCCAGCCUUCACUCAGCCACUCAUGUACGAGAAGAUCCGGUCCAGGCAGUCCGUUCCUUCGCUUUACGAGCAGCAGCUAAUUUCCGAAGGCGUUAUCGAUUCAUCUACCGCCGAGUCCAUCCGGUCCUUGCACAAAGACCAUCUGAACUCCGAGCUCGCCGCCGCCGACACUUUCGAUCCGCCACCUCUCGAGCACACCGCCCAGUGGAAGGGCAUUGUGUCCCCGCUGAACGACGCGGCAGGUAUCGAGCAAGAAUCGCCUGUCCUUUACCACCCCGAGACCGGCAUCCAGAAGGAGCUCUUGGUAGAGAUCGGUAAGGCCAGCGUGGCUACGCCUGAAGGAUUCGAGGUCCAUUCGCGUCUCCAGAGGCACGUGAAGCGCAGGCUGCGGACCCUCGAAGACGGAAAGGACAUAGACUGGGCAACUGCUGAGGCUCUGGCGUGGGGUUCGCUCAUGCUAGAGGGCUAUGAUAUCCGCAUCUCCGGCCAGGACGUUGGCAGAGGCACGUUCAGCCAGCGACAUGCGAUGCUCGUUGACCAGAAGACAGAAGGCGUCAUCGUUCCGCUCAACGAAAAUCUGAAGUCGGAGGGCAGGCUCGAGUUGGCUAACAGUUCGCUUAGCGAAUAUGCGGUCCUUGGUUUCGAGUACGGUGUGAGCUGGGAGCGGCCAGAUAUCCUGCCAAUCUGGGAGGCGCAGUUUGGUGACUUCUUCAAUGGGGCUCAGAUUAUGAUCGAUACCUUCAUUUCUUCGGCUGAAGCCAAGUGGCUGAAACAAAGCGGCAUUGUGCUUAACCUUCCUCAUGGCCUCGACGGUGCCGGUCCCGAACACUCAUCUUGCCGCCCAGAACGGUGGCUGCAGAUGACAAAUGAUGGGGUGAUAUAUCCUGAAGAUGAGAGCAAGAGCCCCAACGUCAAUAUGCAUGUCGUGUACCCUACAACGGCAGCGCAGUACUUCCACCUACUCCGCCGACAAAUGAAGCGCAAUUACCGGAAACCCUUAAUUGUCAUCGGUCCCAAGGGCCUGCUGAGGCUUCCGGCGGCAUCGUCGACUUUGUCAGAUAUGGACGCCGGCACGCAGUUCCAGCCCGUACUCGACGACCCAUACAUCCAAGACCCUUCAACAGUCCAGUUCAUCUAUCUCCUGAGCGGCAAACAGUUCUACGAGCUCGACAAGGCCCGUGAGCCGCUCCGGCAGCAGGGAAGCGAGACCGCGAACCACAUCGCGCUCAUCCGCAUCGAGGAGCUCUGCCCCUUCCCGUGGGUGCGCCUCCGCGAGGUGAUCGAACGCUACCCGAACGCGAAGGGAGUGGCUUGGGCACAAGAAGAGCCGUAUAACGCAGGAGCGUGGCAACACGUCAAUGAGCGCAUUGUCAGAACGCUCGCGCGCGUUCCCGGCGGCUUGGAGCUCAGAUACUUCGGCCGCGAGCCGUCGGCAAUGCCUGCGCCCGGUUCCGCAGGUUUGCACCGGACUGAGCAGGAGUUCGCUUCGGAGAAUCUUUAUCGAUACUCGGAGUGGAGCUAGGUUUUGAAACGUAAUUUGCAUGGACGGAUACAUUAUAGACACGAAUACUCUUUUUCCGAAAUGACAACAUGUCGAAGCUAAUACAUCUGGGGAGUUGUGCUUUAUCGACGCUCGGAAGGACUAUUUUAUGGUACGUUGUGGGAAAUACGACUCUGCAACGUGCGGCUCGCCAGCUUCCACAGUAUUCUCGGUGUAAACAUGUCGGUCGGAGGAGCAAGAAGCAUCCGGACGUGCCACAUGCACGAAGCAAGCUCACGGUCCUUGAUUGCUGCAUCGAUGAAAAGGUCGAGGUACCACCGGGCGAAGGAACCGCAGUCGAGCGUCUCACCUUUGACAGGCCUAGUGCUAGAGAAACCAUAAUCUGUACGUGUAUUGAGCUUGAGGCCAGAAGCAAAGAGCGUGGCCACAAACCGAAUGUCUUCGUCGACUCCCUAGGCUCAUCCUCGUGAGUUUGAAUAUCUC